AUUAGAUCACUUUGUCUCUCAUUCUUGUUAGGUAAUCAUAUGCAUCAAGGUAGACACUAUAUGAAGAGUGCCGUUUUAACUGUGUCUGGAAAGUACACCAACUAUUGAUGAAAUUAAGAAGUACUUAAAAAUCAACACAUAAUGAGCAAAAUAGCGAAUUACAAUGACGUCUCUAAAUCGUACGACUCUGCAAGAGAGGCUGCUGAAGCUCAUCUCAUAAAAAGUAUGAUGGAGAACUUUACAGGGAAGACUGUCAAGGAAAUGGAUAUAAUCGACAUCGGUUGUGGAACAGGGAACUACGCAGACUAUUUUCUCCAGUUUGAGCCACGAAGCCUGACCUUGAUGGAUGCCAGUGAGGGUAUGCUUACCAAAGCGAAAGCAAAACUGUCGUGUGGUCCUCCCAAAACCGUUCUGUCAUUCAAAGAAGUGGUUCUACCUGAUAUUCCUUAUGAAGAUAAUUGUUUUGAUGCUGCGAUGAUAAACUUGGUUUUGCACCAUUUAGAAGAAAAACCCGAUGGGAAAUCAUUUCCGGCUGUCGCCAAAACUUUGAAGGAGGCAUAUCGUAUCCUUAAACCAGGAGGGAUUCUGACCAUUACUACAAUCACACCAGAGCAAUUUGAUGCAAAGUGGUUUUCGAAUCUUGUGCCAGAAAACAGACGGCGAUGGCAUAAAAGAUUGCCAAGUCACGCACAACUGAAAAUGUAUUUAGAAGAGUCUGGAUUAUCUCUCAAAUCGGCUUUCAAAUCAUUACAGGCUUCGUAUCAUACAGAGCACGGGAAUAUCGAAGGUCCAUUAAGUGAGUCAUGGAGGAAAGGUGUAUCCUUUUGGGGAACCUGUACAGACGAAGAAAUUCAAGAGAUGAUACAAGACGUAACGCAGAUGAAGAAUGAAGGAACCCUUCAAAAAUAUUAUGAGACUCACAAUAAAAUUGACAUUUUUGGGGCGUUAGAAACUCUAGCAGCUAGGAAGGAAAUAUAAUGAACAUUUCCAAUUAAUAAAUACAUCAUUCUCUC